AUGAAUACAUUUAGUCGGUCUAUGUGGACGUUGUUCCUAUUAUUCGGCGCUGCUGUCGCCCACGGUGGCCAUGAGGCUGUUCCGGAGGGCGAGUCGGUCUCCAAGGAUCCCAUCGAUGGAAUUCUAUGGACGCAUAUGCUCCUGAUGGGAUUCGCGUUUGGAAUUGUCUUCCCACUGGGUAUGGUUCUUGGGAUCGUUCGUUCUCGCUGGCACGUCCCCGUCCAGGUCGUUGGCACUGUCGUUGCUGUUCUGGCUUAUUUCCUUGGCCAUGCGCACAAGGGCCGCCAGUUCGACAAGAACCUGCACGCUUCGUUCGCGAAUUGGUUGAUGCUCAUGUUGGUCGUGCAGGUUGUUCUGGGCGCGUACUUGAAGCUGCAUCUGGAGAAGGCGGGACAAGGUCGGAUUCGGUGGAUCUUCGUUUUGGCACAUGGGAUUGUGGGCAAGAUCAUGCCUGUUGUCAGCUGGGCGCAGAUGCUCUUCGGUGGUAUUGCGGCCAUGGGCUUCUGUCGUGGUGAUCACCUCGGUCAGUGUCUCGCUCAUUUCAUCAUGGGCAGUGCGUUCAUCGGGUAUGGUGUUUGCCUGACUAUUCUCUUGCUCGUCGGCCAGUACUGGCUGCGCAAGACGGGUCGCAGCCAGGAGUUCUUCGAUUCCUUGGUCAUCGCUGCCUGGGGCUGUGUCAAUACUUUCACCGAGCACCGCUGGGGUACUGCCUGGGUGCACAACGACCUCCAGCAUACUACCAUGGGUAUUGUCUGGUGGUGUGCCGGUCUGCUGGGCAUGUGGUUGAGCCGCAGCCGCAACGGCCGUCCUAAGCGCAACCUUAUUCCCGCCAUUGUCAUUAUGAUGACUGGGUAUGCCAUGUCUGCCCAUCCCCAAGAGUUAAUGAUCAGUACGAUGAUCCACUCCAUGUUCGGAUAUACUCUCAUGGCCGCGGGUCUUACCCGCGUCAUUGAGAUCUCUUUCGUGUUGAGGGAUAAGCCUGCGCUCUCUGAGCCGAACAGCUUCCAAUACCUCACUCCCUUCCUUCUCUACGCCUCCGGAUUCCUCUUCAUGGGCGCCACAGAGGAACAAAUGGCAUUCCUCCACAACGCAGGCGUCACCCACGUCUCCUACAUCCUGAUCCUCUACAGCGUCGCAUUCAUCUGCUUCCUCUUCGUCAACAUCCUCCUACACAUCUACGCCGUGCACGCCUGGCCAAACUCCGAGUCAACAGACCAAGAUGGUCCCAAGUACUCCACUCUUAACGGCAACGCGAACGGCCAUGCAAACGGUCAUGCACGCUCUACCUCGCAGCAGAUCCAGGAUGCCGAGGCUUUCGAGCUCCAUGGGUUGAUUUCCGAUGACGAAGAGGGUGGUCCUUCCAUGGGACCGAGAAAGAACAGUGACGAGGAGCUUGGAAAGGAUGAGUCUCGUCAUUGA